AUGAAACGGACGACGAACGAUCAACAAGCCUCGUUUCAAUCCGACUAUUUUCUGACCCAACUCUCUCAUUUCACCGAGGCCAAGUUCUCGUUGUUCGAGCACGCUCCGCCCGCCGAAAGAAGGGAUCGCUUCCGGAAUCACGUGGAAAGAGAGGAGAUGCCUUUGGUACGUUUUUUGUUUUCUUUGCAAAUAUUUCGAUCCGGAAAGCUUUAGUAGUAAUAAAUUGACGUAACGGAAUUAGAAUCAGACUGAUAAUUCCUUCCGCUUGCUUUUCUCCUUCUUAUCACUGCUGAAAUAUGCACAACGUUUCAUUUCACCACCUUGGCGAAGUGAUCAGAUAAGAGAGGGAAUAGGAAUGACACGGUUAGAUGACAAUCUCCGGAGGACACAGAUCCGUUCAGAUAAUCGAAGGUGUCGUUUCAGACGUUCUGCAAGAUGGGCAUCAACAUUCCGGUCAAGUUGGAAUGGUCACAGACAAAUGGCAAUGAGGUGUGCGAGUGCGAAACCCUAUCACAAACCAAUAUUAUCUGCUUCUAGAUCAGUUUUCGUUCGAGACCGUUUGUUUUCAAUGGAAUCUGGGUGAAAGUUGUCGGCACGAUGAACACGGAAUCGUUGGACGGAAGAGUCCGCUUCGAGCGUUCGCAACGUGAGACUGCUCUUCGUUUGACACCUCAAACUGUGGGGUUUCCAGAAGCCGAGGAGGAGCCCUCCGGCCUUACCGAAGCGGAAAUAGCCGCUCUCCGCCGAGACGGUCUGCCAAUCUGA